AUUUAGCAAGUGUGCUAGCAGAAUUUGUACGAUUCUAGUCGUACUGGUAUCGCUCCAAAGGCUACCAGACAAAGCAGCGUUCAUAUCUCAAACUGUGGGGUGUCCACACACCUUUCUAUUGUGUAGAUACAACAAGACAUGCAACUUCCUUUUCGUCGAACUUCCGGUCUGAUCGUACUAAUCGCAAUAUCACUCAUGACUUACUCUGCGGUGUUGCUCUGCAAACGGGAGGCUGUUCCAGAAAUUAUUAAGCUACCUCUUCCUGCUACAAGAACCAAUGCAUUGUUCCGCUUUAGGCUAAGGAAGGAAUCAUUGAAGCGAGCCUGCGCACAAUUUCAGCAAUCUCUUACGGCAAAAGAAAAGCAACUUUUGUACGCCACAAUGGUGGUGGACGACGAACACCGACUCAUUUGGUGUCCUGUCAGAAAAUCGGGGACAACGUCCUGGCGUAGCAUGAUGCUCAUCCUGGCGGGAAGGUUUUCGAACGUAAAAGAGGCGGUAGACAACGCUUUGCACCACGACUUCCAGUAUCUAACGCGCUUGAGUGAAAAGUAUCACAGCAAUGCGGAUAUCGAGUGGAGGUUGAAGAACUACACGAAAUUCAUGUCGUACAGAGAGCCUCUUCAACGUGUCGUUUCCGACUACAGACAGAUUAGAUUGCAUAAAACUGCUGGUCAAAAAAAAGUUUGCAAAUGGGUUGUACAGUACAACAAGAGUUUUAAUCGAGGAAAGAAUAAAAGGGAUGCUUGGAACAACAUCAGCUUUCCUCAUUUUGUCAAUUAUAUCACUCGUUUCUAUGGCAAAAAGGAAAGGUAUCUAGAUCUUAACAUUCACUGGAGGCCAAUCAACUUGAUUUGCCAUCCUUGUCACAUUGAUUAUGAUUUCCUCGUUGACAUGGAUAGUACUGGUCUUGCUGAGGAAUCAGAUUAUCUGCUCAGAUCUGUUGGAGCUCCCUCUUGGCUGCAUCUGCCGCACGACAAUCGAUCGGGUAACGAAACAAAGUACAGCUAUUUCUCUCAGCUUUCUACCGUUCAGUUUCAACGUCUUCGUGAUCAAUACGACGACGACUACGAGAUAUUUGGAUAUCAACGUCUCAAUCAAUAUGAAUAAAGUCUAUGCUAGCAAUGUGAUAUAACUAUUUCCAGUAUAGCUGUCAUGUUAGUCGUUUGUAGAGUACGUCGUUAAACCUCGUGUUCCUCAAACUCGGUACAAGCUACUAAAAUGUUUGCUGACUGCUAGUUUUUUAAUAUAAUAUUUAUAUUAACGUCACGUGACGUACGAACAAUCACGAGAGCGUAUUGAGAUGGUGUUUAUUAUGUAUUGCAUCGUAAUGUAGGUUAUUGUAUAACUGUGCAAUACAGUGGCGUAGGAUGAUGUUUAUGA